UCUCCACGCACCGUGCAUAUGUGCGAGGCCGAUUUACAGACCCCACGCUGUAUUCGAGAGGCCAGUCGUCCAGCCGGCGUGUGAACUUUGUCCACAGCUAAACACCCCCUAAACGAGGCAGCCAUGUCGUCGUUCGCCCCUACAUCUUCAUCGUCCGAUGAUGGACCCAAUUGUGCAAGCUUUGAUGCUGCAGAUGCAGUAUUUUUUGCAGGAAUCGACAAGAUACCGUACCGUACUGGUGGCGGGGCCAAUGAUACCAUGGCCUUCAGGCACUACGAUGCUAAACAGGUAGUGAUGGGACGAACCAUGGAGGAAUGGCUUCGAUUCUCCGUUUGUUUCUGGCACACAUUCCGUGGCACAGGUGCUGACCCGUUCGGCUUCCCUACUCUGGUCCGUCCUUGGGACGAUGGAUCAAACUCCAUGGAAAACGCGAAGCGUCGUUUGCGGGCAGCCUUUGAGUUCUUCGUAAAACUCGGCGUGAAAUACUGGACAUUCCACGACAGGGAUAUUGCACCAGAGGGCGACACAAUGGCCGAGACCAACAAGAAUCUGGACGAGAUCACAGAUCUUGCCUUAGAGUUACAGAAACAAACAGGGGUGAAAUGUCUGUGGGCAACUUGUAACCUUUUCGCCAGUCCAAUGUAUAUGAACGGCGCAGCAAGUAACCCCGACUCACACGUAGUAGCGUACGCCGCGGCCCAGGUAAAGAAAGGCAUGGAAAUCGCAGUUAAAUUGGGAGCAGAAAACUUUGUAUUUUGGGGCGGCCGAGAGGGAUACCACACCAUCCUUAACACCAAUAUCCUCACAGAACUCACAAACAUGGCGAACUUCUUCAAGAUGGCAGCAGCCUACAAAAAGAAAUUAGGAUUCGCAGGAACACUUCUGAUCGAACCUAAACCAAAGGAACCAUCAAAACACCAGUAUGAUUACGACGCUAUGACGGUGAUUGGAUUCCUGAAGCAUUUCGGACUAGACAAAGACUACAAGCUGAAUAUUGAGCCAAACCAUACAACUCUUGCCGGUCAUGGAUACGAACACGAUAUCAUAAUGGCGUCAGCGUUUGGAAUGUUAGGGUCCGUGGAUUCCAACACUGGAACACCAGACCUCGGAUGGGAUACCGACCAAUUCCCUAUGGACAUCAAAAACGCCACGCUGGUCCUCAAGGCGAUUCUGGAACAAGGUGGUUUAGCUCCUGGUGGCCUCAACUUUGACUGUAAAGUACGCAGGGAAUCUACUGAUCUCAGAGACAUGUUCAUUUCCCAUAUUGGCGCCAUGGAUACGUUUGCACGAGGCCUGAAGUGCGCUGCCGCGAUUCUAGAGGAAGGAGUUAUCCCAGGACAGGUCAAGGAGCGAUACAGCAGUUUCCAGUCUGGAAUAGGCGAGAAGAUCAAUAAAGGACAGACUUCCUUCGAGGAACUAGAGGACUUCAUCACAAAGAACGGAGCCCCAAGUAAUCCGUCCGGUCGACAGGAGCACUACGAGUCCAUGAUGAACCACUUAUGUCUGAACACAGGACACCAGGACUGACAACGGUUUAUAUAACGGAUCAAUCUGAUAACGGACCACGGAAUACACGGACCAGGACUACAGAAUACACGGAAUAAAAAACAAAGACUUGGUACCAAAUAUGUUGAUGCUGUUACGUAUAUGGAAGUGAGUGGACAACACCGUCGUUCUCAUUAUGACUUGUGCAAUGGCCAUAUGUUGUUCACUACCUUACACUCAACUCAAGUUUACUAGUAAAACGUUAACAAUUAAAUGUAAUUUCAUGUUG